ACAUUGAUUGACGUUUUGGUUUCGUUUUCUAUGGGCUGCAGUGUCCAGUGUUAUGCAAUGGGCUAAACUUUUGAAAUUUAGCGUAGCUUUGGCUACGUAAAAUUAAUUAAUGCACGUGAAACCGCUUGAUUUUCCCCCGUUACUUACAGAUUACUCUUUGGGUGAUCCAUUGUUGCUAUGUGCAUUGCUGCACUUCAUAUUGAAAUCAUAUUAGAUCUAUGAGAUGCUGACUGGUAACAUGAGUACUUGAAAGAAGAUGGGCCCAAAGAAAGAGAAAGGAAAGAGGGGAGAAGGGAAGAAGGCGAAAAAGGCGAAGCCAGUGGUGGUGGCGACACAGGACGUGUAUUACUGGAAUAAGAAACCGCCAGUGCCCCUGAACGCGUACUACAACAAAAAAUGGCACGAAACCCAAUCGGAGAUCAACCGUCUGCUGGCCGAGGAAAACUCCAUGUUUUUCAACAAGAAGGGGAAGCCUAAAGACCAAAAGCCAAUCAAAAGUCGAGAAAAGGCUUUCCAGCUGUGUGUGGUCCGAUACCUGAGAUAUAUCUUAAUUGCUCGAAAUCUUGACGAGUGCUACACCUACAUGGUACACCCCCAGAAGCGUAUCCUCGUCAAAAAAUGUAUGGCUGGAAUUCUAACUCGCAUCUUAGAGCUCAAAGAGUUAAUGAUUGACGUUGAGGAAAGAGAAUUCCAUUUUUUCGAUGACGUUUUACAAGACUUGCAGCUUACGCCCGAUGAAGUGGAGAUGACAAUCCCUCGCUACUUUAGGGACGAGAGAACGAUCGUUUUACAAAACAGGGAACUUAUUCUAGAAAGCAUCGUCAAGAAAAUUGAAGGCGGGGUUGAGCCUAGGAAACAGGAGGUAGACAUGACCAGAGAACAGGCGAUCUUGCUGAUUCAACGACAUCAGAGAGCCUACAUGGGACGGCUCAAGUACUACGAGAAGGCUUGUUGGCUUUCACAAAAGAAAAAUAAUCACGCCCUCUUAAGAAAAACAGCCGACACCUGGGCCUGUUAUGUUUUUAAAUGCAAGACGCGGAGGAUGCGACAAGAAGAACUGCAGAGUCUUGGUAUGAUGUCAUACCCUAAGAAUAGUAUCGCUGAGCUGCAGAAACAACGACAAGAACAUAUUGAAAGGAAUAAGAGAAAAAUUGAAGAUAACAUGAUGGAUUAUGAGCUGGAACUUGCGGAAUGGGAGGACAAGAUCUUGGCAGAUGAAGGACAGAACAUGGCAGAGAACCUGAAAUACAACAUCAUUCAAUGGCUGCUUGAGACAAAAAAUGCUAUUGGUGUAUUUCCAGAGUUUCCCACGGAAGAAAUGGGCGGCAGCAAUUAUUUAUUUAGUAACAAAACGGUGAAACAAGUUGAACAGGAAUUGGCUGAGAUGUUCGACGAUUCGAAAAGUAAAAAACCGCCGUCUAAAAAAUCUGAUAAAAAAGCUGCUGAUAAAAAGGGUAAAAAAGAAGAGGAGGAGGGGUACCAGUGGGUGAUGCCAAUGUCACAAAUGCUGACGUCGCUCUCAGAGGAAAAGGAUGAAUACAUGAAGUACUGGUUCUAUAAAGAUGACAUGCAUAACAUCCACCAAAAACACGACAGCGAACUGAUGAAGGAGGCGAUACGCAUGAACAUCGCUGAGAAAAUCAGGUUGGAGGUUGACAAGCUCAUGAGGUUUGAGAUAGAAAAUAUGAAAAUUGCGAUUGAAAAGGCGGUGCAGGCGAAGACGAAGAAAAAGGGGAAGAAUAAAAAUGGCGGGAAAGGUAAGAAAAAGGGAGGGAGGAAGAAAAAAGAUAAAGAUUUGACAAAAGACCGGACGAUGGAUGAUCUGUAUGAAGAACUUGUACAGAACGAGGUCAUCAAACGAGUUUCACCCACCCAGCUGAGUGACUUCCUGGGGGACUACUCCUACACCGGAAGCAGCACUCAAGAUUCGGAUCUCAACCCUCUUCCGUCACUAGCAGACGUCAGGCGGCUCAUCACAGAGUUUGCUAUUUUACCUCUAGGAUCAGCCGAAGUUCAUCAGUUUUCGCCAUUAAACAGGUCUCUUCUGAUUGCGGGCCUGAGGGGGACGGGCAAAAAGAUGCUAGUACAAGCUAUCUGUCACGAGGCUGGGGCUAAUCUAUUUGAUAUCACCCCGUCCAAUCUGAUGGGGAAAUACGACAGUAAAGAAGGAAUGAAAAUGAUUAUGCAUUUAAUAAUGAAGGUUGGAAAAGCCUUAGAGCCGUCGGUGUUUUGGAUCAAUCAAUGUGAGGAUUUGUAUUUGAAGAAGAAAAAUAAAAAUGACCUAGCCAGGCCUCACAAGUGGGCGAAAGUUAUCAAUAAAACUCUCAAGAAAAUAAAAAACGGAGACAGGAUGAUGCUGAUAGGCACAACAAGGAGACCGAGUCUUUGUAAACAAAAGCCGCUCUCUAAAGCUUUUAAACGGACCGUUGUUGUCCCACUACCAGACUAUGGGAGCAGAUAUAUGAUAUGGCAACACUUCAUAGGCACUAUGGCCGGGCUGUCACACUUCGAGCUGGAGAAUAUGGAUUUCUCAUCUUUGACGAAGGUGACCACCGGCUUCACGAUGCAAGCCAUCAAAGAAACGUGUCAGGAAGUCAUAACUGAAGAGAGGCUGAGCAAGAUGAGAACUAAAGGCAGAGCCCUGACCCCCCUAGAGUUCGUGGUCAAGAUCGCGGCCCACGACCCCAUCUACAUGCAGGAACACGAAGACUUCGUCUGGUGGUUCAACAACACGCCCCUGGCCAAGAAAAGGAUGGAGAGGCUGACCACAGGAGACGAGGGUUCUAGCAAGAAGAGCACAAAAAGCAGCAAGGGAGGCAAGAAGAAAGGGAAAAAGAAAAAAAAAUAGGAUUUUAAAAAGUAAAAUGAAAUAUUUUACAAACUAAAUAAUAAUAAAUCGUGGUAAUGAAUUUUUUUAUGCAAGCUAAUAUAAUCAAUUUAGACUUGUAAAUAGAUAAUAUCAAGGGUUUAAGUGUUUAAUGCUAUAAAAAUAUAUUCUUUUAAAAUGUUUACAAAGUGUGUGAUUAUUUUGGAUAGAUUAGGAGGAGUGAUGAUAACAUAGUUUGGGCAAAUUAAUUAAAUAUAUUUUAAUUAAUAGUUUUCAAACACAAAACUUUUGAUUGAGGAAAAUAUUUCGGGAAGAAAAUGCGAUCAGGCAAAUUAAAUAUUAGUAGAAUAUUAAUUGAAUUGUGAAAUAUGAUGCUUGUUUAGUGGUUGGGUGUUAUGAGCUAAAUAGAUAAUGAGUGAUGGAAUAAGUGAUGUAGUGUGUGUAUGCAUUUUAUUUAAAGUAAUUUCCGAUAUUCGGAGCCGAUAAAACGUCUUGCAAUUAUAAUUUGCCUUUCGAAUAAAUAGUACAAUGAUACCGGUGUCGUUCUGUGUUCCUUAUCAAUUGUUUCUUCU